AUGAGUGAACGUUCGACGAAGAAAUUCAAGGUUGUGCUAUUGGGUGAAGGUCGCGUGGGUAAAACGUCCAUUCUUGUACGUUACAUAAAAGGUGAAUAUGACGAACGACAAGUUUCAACCCUUCAAGCGUCAUAUUUGGAUAAACGAUUACUUGUGGACAAUCAUCGAGUGGGACUUUCAUUAUGGGACACAGCAGGACAAGAACGUUUCCAUGCGUUAGGACCUAUUUACUAUCGUGAUGCUGAUGGAGCUCUCUUGGUUUAUGAUAUUACGGAUGCAGAAUCAUUUCGUAAAGUUCGUACGUGGGUCCGGGAAUUGCGACGUAUUGUGGGAGACGAUAUUUCCAUUUGUAUUGCAGGGAAUAAAAGUGAUUUGCAUCGGAAUCGAAAAGUACCAGAGGAAGAAGCCAGGCGAUAUGCUGAAUCAGUGGGAGCUGCACACUUUGUCACGUCGGCGAAACUUAAUCGAGGACUUGAGGACGUGUUUGUGGAACUCACACGUCGUAUGUUGAGUCGUACGGGUGGCAGGAAGAAGAAAGGUAGUGCGUUAAUUGCGGACGAUGAGGAGGACAAUGGUGAGGAGCCAUUAGCUAGACCACCACCUAGUAAAAUGCGGCAAGAGAGAAAAAGUACACAGAUGGAGACGCAACAGGGACAGGUGAACACGACAGAGGAACCUCCGAGAAGUCGCGGUGGAGGACGGGGACAACCCAUUCAGAUUGUGGAGGAUGAUGAUCCUGGUACUCUAGGUGUUUCGAGAAGCAGCGGACUGAGAGUGAGAGGAGCGACGCAUGUGGACACUGGCAAAGACAAGAACAGCUGUUGUGGAUAA